AUGGAGUCGGCGGCCUCGGACUUUGAGGGCACCAGCGACUCCGGGUGGAAGAGCCCCUCCCUGCGCAGCUCGGUGUCCUCGGGCCGCUCCGAGAUGCUGCACACGCCCACGGGCCCCGCGCCGGAGGCGAAGCCAGGUGAGGAGCCGCCGCCCUACGAUUGGAUCCCCACGGCGCAGAAGCUGAGGCAGCUGAACGCGCCUCUCCAGGAGACGCCGCCCUUUUCUGCCAGCCAGACGAGCUUCUUUCAUUGGCUUAAGGCUUUGCGAAGCCACAAGGAAGGCCCAGCGUUUGGAUCCAUGUGGGCGCGACCUGCGCCCCAGGUUUGGUGGCAGAUGAGGGCCAAGGUGAAGUCGGACGCCUGGGUGGCCAAGCGGGAGGCGGAGGCCGAGGAGGCGGAGGCGGCCAGGCUCAAGGCCAUCAAGGCGCAGGAGUGGGACGACAUCCCCUCGGGGAAGCCAGGCGACGAGGAGGAUGGUUUCAGCCCGGAGCUUGAGCCUUUGGAGACCUUCGAGGACGAGGCAGAUGCCGGAGUCUAUAGUCCGGUGUUGGAGCCUCUGAGCAAGUACGACCCAGAUGACCUGCUUGAUCCAGAUGAGGAUCAGCGGGUGCUGCAGCAGGUGCGUCGAACCAUCAUCGAGGCCUUCGGCGGCAGCGCGGCAACUGCCUCAGCGGACAUCAUCGACCGCAGCCGCGACGAGGAGCUCUUCAACGCGGAGAGGGCCAAGGGCAUGAGCUCCGGGGAGGUCGCCUUUAAUGCUGCUGGCAAGGGUGCGGAGAACGAGUUCCAUGGGGAGGUGAUGCUGGACAAGAAGCGCUAUGAGUGGGAGGACAAGUACAAGCCCAGAAAGCCCCGCUUCUUCAACAGAGUCAAGACUGGCUUCGAGUGGACCAAGUACAACCAGACCCACUACGACCACGACAACCCACCUCCCAAGAUUGUGCAAGGCUACAAGUUCAACAUCUUCUACCCUGACUUGAUCGACAAAACCAAAACGCCAACAUAUCACGUGGAGAAGUCAGACACCGCUGACACUGUCAUGAUUCGAUUUAGUGCUGGCCCUCCCUACGAAGACGUCGCCUUCAAGAUUGUCAAUCGAGAGUGGAAUAUCUCCCACAAGUUUGGCUUCCGAGUCGUCUUCGACCGGGGAGUCCUGCAGCUGUACUUCAACGUCAAGCGCUGGCGGUACAGGCGCUGA